ACACACACACACUCUCUCUCUCUCUCUCACAUACACACACACCAGCCGCCAGCCUCACGUUGUCCCUCUGUCGGAUUGGCCAAUCCCUCCCUCCCCCUCCCUCUUUCCCUUCCCCAUCCACACCUCCCUCGAAGCCCACCCACCGUAGGCGUGUGCUUUGCAUCCGUGCCCUACUCGCUGCGUAUCCGGGAUCUUCCCUCGUUUACGUUUGGUCCGGACGAUCUAAGCCUCACGUGCACCGGCAUCGCCACCGUCACCACUCCUUCGUGCUGUUGCUGGGACCUCCCUCCCAAAACACGCUUCUGUCCCUCCUCACCAUGGAACCCGAUGAGCUGGAAUACUACCCGGGCGAUGUGCCGGUCUUCCGCCCGACGUUGGAGCAAUUCAGCGACUUUGCCGCCUUUGUGUCCAGCAUCGAGCCGCAGUGCCUGGACAUCGGCCUGGCCAAGGUCAUCCCCCCGGAGGGCUGGCAGCCACGCGCUCCGGCCGAGGGAAUCCUCCCUCAAAAGCACUCGUAUGCCACCGAGGCCAACUAUGAGGCCGUCCUGCAGGACUUUCGCAUCACCACGCCCAUCACACAGGAGUUUGCCAAGGGUCCGACCGCCGGAGUCUUCAGCCAGUUGAACCUGGAGUCGCGAUCCGUCAUGUACCCGCGAUUCUCGCUGCGCUGCAACUCGGCUGGGCAUGCGCCCCCGCCACUGAGCCAAUCGCCACGGAUUGCCUCCUCCGACAGCCAGGGCGGGCCUGCCCCAGGCCCGGGGGAUGUCCCCCGCGGACGCCUGUACCGGCAUCUGGAGCGUCGCUACUGGCAGGGGAUUCUUAACCGGACCCCUCAGUAUGGGGCUGAUCUGGCGGCAUCACUGAUGGACCCGGCCUUUGCCCAGGGGUGGGAUUUGUCCUCGCUACACACGCCCCUGCGUGAGAUGCCGCCCGUGUCCGGCGUGAACAUCCCCUACUUGUACUUUGGCUCCUGGGGCUCGACCUUUUCCUGGCAUGUGGAGGACGUAGACCUAUACUCCAUCAACUACUUGCAUUUCGGCGCCCCGAAGCACUGGUACACGGUUUCCUCGCGUGACCGGGUGGCCUUCGAGCAUAUCCUGCGGUCGUGGUUCCCGGCCGAGGCGGCCAGCUGCCGGGAGUUCAUGCGGCAUAAGACCUUCCUGGCCGACCCGGCUGUGCUUGAGCGCCGAGGGAUCAAGGUGUCGCGUGUGGUGCAGGAGCCGGGCGAGUUCAUGAUCACCUUCCCAGGAGCAUACCAUGCGGGGUUCAACCAUGGUCUGAAUUGUGCCGAGGCGGUGAACUUUGCCCUGCCCGGGUGGCUGGAGGCCGGGGCGUCGGCUCGGUCGUGCUCCUGCAUUUCGGACUCGGUCCGCGUGGACGUCGACAAGAUGAAGUCCCUGUUUGCGGACUGGACCGCGCGCGGGCUACUGCCGGGAAUGCGACGGAGUGCCCCCUCCUCGGGCUCGGUGCCGGCAGCCCCGUCCCCUGUCGCCCCAAUGACCCCGACUCCCGGGCCACGGAGCUCCUUCGAGCCGCUGGAAUCACCGCUGGAUGUGGAGUCCAGCAGUGAGGAUGGCGGUGGGCAUGGGAGCGCGCGAUUGGCCUCCUCACCGAGCGCCGCCAUGACCCCGGUGGCGACGGUAGCCCAGCUGGUCGUGGUGGAUGAGCAUGCUCUGUCUCUGAAGACCAGCCCGCCCUUCCGGCAUCUAAAGCCCGCGGAGGUGGGGGGGCCCAGCGCGCCAGCCAAGCGCCCUCCCGCGGGUACCACCGCCGGCCGGGUGGCCAAGCGCCCUCGCGGCAAUCCGUCCGCGCACGUGCCGCAAGCACAGCCGGCCGGCAAUGGCACCGACCCCUCGGCCCCUGGCAAGGGCGUCCCACCUGUGGCCGGGCCCCCGGACGCCGAGGCCAAGCCGGCUCUCCCCGAGCGGCCGGCCCCUUCGCGUAAGUCCACUCGGGUGGUCCGGCGGCCGAUGCCCAUCGGCGGGGUGCCGCCAGGGACUGGGACAUUGUCCAACUCGGCCGGGCACCGCUCCGGGGCAUCGCCAGCCCCGGCACCGGGGGCCGUCGACGCCUCGGCGCCCGGGCCGGCCAGCGGUGGGCUGGCGCCCGGCAAGAGGCCGGCCGCCCUUGGCCCGAACGACCGGGGGGGGGGGACCUUGCCUCCCUCGGCGGUGGCCUCCUCUCCACCAGGCCCCCCAUCGGCCGCCGGGGCACCGAUCGCCCAGUGGUCUUUUUCGCGGUGAUCGGGCCACAUGAUCAAUAUAUAUAUCCGAUUUUUG